UUCUGAGUCUUCUCUUUCUACCCCUACAUCUCCAAUGUCAAAACAUUCUUCUUAUUUGGGUGGUGGUCCAUCAAGAUCUACUUCUUCUUCUUUACCUUCUACUCGUAGAUCUUCAAUGAAUAGAUCUAAUGAUCAAUCUUCUGUUAAUAAUAUUAUUACUCCUCCUCAAACUCCUGGUGUAAAAUCUCCAACAAAAGCAAAUUUUCAAUUUCCUCCAAAUACUUCGGAUCAAAAUUCUCAAUCAAUGCCUCCUAAAGUUAAACGUAAAAGAAUAACUCAAGAACAAUUGGCUGAUUUGGUUGCUAUGUUUGAACAAACUGAUACUCCAAGUUAUGAUGUUCGUGAAAAAUUGGCUAAAAAAUUAAAUAUGACCAAUCGUGAAGUUCAG